GCCUGCUCUAGCUUCUGCACCAAAACAAAGGCGCGUACAAUCUGCGAUGAAACAUCAGCUUAUUGGUAUACCAUUUGCAGAUCAUAGGCAAAGCAAUCUCCUUUAAAGUUUUCUUCAGAAAGAUGGAAGUCCAGAAACAAGUGUUUUCUUUGUGCCCAUACUGUUGUUUCAGUAGCUCUGAUAAUGAAAACUUACAAAUUCAUAUUGGUACUACUCACCCAGAACAAUGUGAUGACUUGGAUGCAGCUGGUUUAGGAAAGAUUAUAUUUUAUCAGAAAACAGCAAAAUUGUUUCAUUGUCAGACAUGUUUCUUCACCAGCAAAAUUUACUGCAAUGUGUAUCGUCAUAUUACUUUAGCACACACAGUAUUACAGAAGUUGAAGAAAGAGUCAGAGAUACAGAGUGACCAAAAAAGGGAGCAGCCAGCUUGCAGCAGUGACCUUAACCAGAAUAAAGGAAGGGAUUCUGAAAUGCAGGAUGUAAAAGUAAAACAAGAAGCUCCAGAAUUGCAAAGCAAACAAGAGAGAACAAUUGCUUCCAAUGUUCUAGGAAUGCAGAUGAAACCAGAGAUGGAGAAAAAGGCAGAUACUCCUGAUGCAGUUGUCACUGAAGAAAAAAACAGUAUUCCUGAAUCAUUAGAACUGGAAAAAAAGCAAAGUGUUUCUGAAAUGGAUAUCAGAGGGAAGUCAGGCAUUCUUGAUAGAGUAAAAAGUAAAGAGGAACUGGAGGAGAUUGAGACUAGCACUUUUGAUGGAUCAAAAAGCAAAGAGGAGCUGGGGGGGAUUGAGGCCACAAGUGUUAAGAACAUGGGUAUUUCUGAAGUGACAGGUGCAGAAGAAGCAGAGGAAGUCACUGAAACCUCAGACACCAAAGACAGACUGCUUGUUGCACAGCCUGUUAAGGAAAAAAAGGGUUUUGCUGAAGGAAUACCUGAACAAAAGACUGUAAGCACUCCAGGGUUGAUAUGUUUAAGGGAAAAACAGAUUAUUACUGAGGUGACAGUUUUAAGAGAGAAACCGAGCCUUCCUGAAAUAUCACAUAAAACAGAGAAAUGUAGCUUUAUGGGAUUUGCAAAUGAAACAGAUCCUGCACACAUUCCUGAAGCAUCAAAUGCAAGAGGGAAACUGAUUGCCUUUGAAGAAACAAGUGUAAAAGAGAAAUUCAUUGUCUCUGAAGAAUCAAGCUUAACUGAGAAAAUAAUUUUUUCUAAAGAGACAAAACUGAGAGAGAAGUUGAAUGUUUCUGAAGAAACAUACUUGAGAGAGAACCUAAAUGCCUUACAGGCAACAAGUACAGAGAAGCCACACAUCCCUGAAACUUCAUAUGCAAAUGAGAAAGGGUCUGCUGAAGUCCUUAAUGUGAAGAAAAAUGUUCCAGAAGUACUUUCUGUAAGAGAAAAACUGAGUGUUUUCGAAGAAACACAGUUACCAGAGAAACUAAAAAAUGUUGAAUCUGAAUUUUCAGGCACUGAGGAGGAACUGAAUACUCAUGAAGCACCAAAUGGAACUGUGAAACUGGACAUUCUUGAAACAUCAAAUGCAAUUGAAAAGGUGAACAUCAUUGAACCUCCAAGUACAAGAGCAAAAGUAAUCAUUAAUGAAGCAAUAUGUCCAGUAGAGGAACUAAAUGUUCUUGAGACAUCACAUACAAGAGAAGACCUGAACACUCAAAAAGCAGCUUCCAAAGCAGAAAAAUCAAAUGCUGUUGAAGAACCAGAUGCAAGAGAGAACCUGAGUGUUCAUCCAGCACCAGAGGUAGGAGAGGAAUCAAAUAGUUCAGAAGUACCAUAUUCAGGAGACAAACUGAACAGUCCUCUGUUUCCUCAGUCAUCACAUGCAAAAGAGGAACUGAUAAAUAAUGAAGCUUUGUGUGCAAGAGAGGAGCUUAGUGUUCAUGAAAUGCCAAGUGCAGCCGAGGAAUUGAGUGCUCAUGAAACACCAAGUGUAGGAGAGGAACUGAAUGUUCAUGAAAUAAUGAGUGCUGAAGGAGAACUAGAUGUUCAUGAAACAUCAGCUGCAAGCAAGGAAUUGAAUGUUCAUGGAACACCAAGUUCAGAUGUGGAAUUGAAUGUUAAUGAAGCAACAAAUGCAGGGAAGGAACUGGAUGAUCAUGAAACACCAAGUUCAGGUGAGGAGCUGAAUGUUCAUGAAACUCCAAGUGCAGCAGAGGAACUGAAUGUACAUGAAACACCAACUGCAGGAGAGGAUCUGAAUACACAGGAAACACCAGCCGCAGGAGAGGAACUGAAUACACAGGAAACACCAACUGCAGGAGAGGAACUGAAUACACAGGAAACACCAACUGCAGGAGAGGAACUAAAUACACAGGAAACACCAACUGCAGGAGAGGAACUGAAUACACAGGAAACACCAACUGCAGGAGAGGAACUGAAUGUUCAUGAAAUACUGAAUGCAGGAGAGGAACCGAAUAUUCAUGAAGCAAUGAGUGCUGUAGAGGAACUGCAUGUUCAUAAAAUGCCAAAUGCAGGAAAUGAACUGAAUAUGCAUGAAACAAUGAGUACAGAAGAAGAAUUGAAUGUUCCUGAAACACUGAGUGAGAAAGAGGAACUAAAUGUUCACGAUGUACCACAUAUAAGAGAAGAAUUGAAUGUUGGUAAAAUACCAAGUGCAAGAGAGGAACUGAAUUUUUGUGCUGUACCACAGAUAAGAGAAGAACUGAAUGUUCAUAAAAUGCCAAGUGCAAAAGAGAUGUUGAGUGGUCAUGUAGCAUCAGUUGCAAGAGAGAAGUUGAACAUUCAGGAUGUUCCACAUUCAGGAGAAAAAAUGAGUGUUCAUCUGAAUGUUAAUGAGAUGCCAUUUGUAAAAGAGAAACUGAGCACUUAUGAGCCAUAUGCAAGAGGGGAACUAAACUUUCAUGAUGCUCUAAGUGCAAGAGAUGAACUGAAUGCUGAUGAAACACCUGCUGUAGAAGAAAAAGUGAACAUUCACAAAGCAGUAAGUGCAAGUGAAAAACUGAAUGUUCAUGAAGUAUUAAAUGCAAGAGAGGAACUGACCUCCCACAGAAGAUCAGUUCCAGAAGAGGAACCCAACUUCCAUGAAACACCAACUGCAAGAGAGGAACUAAACAGUCUUGAAGCCACAAGCACAAGAAAUGCACUGAAUACUUAUGAAGUACCAAAUGCAAAAGAGAACCUGGACAUUCAUAAAGCACCAAGUUCUAGAGAGGAGCCAAAUGUUCUUGAAAUGGCAAGUACGAUUGAGGAGCCAGAUUUUCAGCAAGCAAGAGCAAAGGAAGAACUUUAUGAGGGACCACCUGCAAAAGGGAAAUUGAGGACUCGUAAGGCGCAGAGAAAAAGAGGAAAACUAAACAUUUAUGCAUCACAGAGAGGAACGAGGAGGAUGAGACUCCAUGAAGCACCAUGUGCACAAGAGAAACUAAGUGCUCAUGAAGCACCAGGUGUAAGAACGGAAGUAAGUGUUCAUGAAGCUGCAUGUGCAAGAGAUGAGCUAAGUGUUCAUGAAACCGCAAGUGCAAGAGACGAACUGAGUGUUCAUGAAGCACCAAGUGCAAGAGAUGAACUAAGUGUCCAUGAAACACCAAGUGCAAGAGACAAACUAAGUGUUCAAGAAGCACCAGGUAUAAGAGAGGCGAUAAGAGUUCCUGAAGUUGCACGUGCAAGAGACGAGCUAACUGUUCAUGAAGCACCAAGUGCAAGAGACGAACUAAGUGUUCAUGAAGCACCAAGUGGAAGAGACGAACUAAGUGUUCAUGAAGCACCAAGUGCAAGAGACGAACUAAGUGUUCAUGAAGCACCAAGUGCAAGAGACGAACUAAGUGUUCAUGAAGCACCAAGUGCAAGAGACGAACUAAGUGUUCAUGAAGCACCAAGUGCAAGAGACGAACUAAGUGUUCAUGAAGCACCAAGUGCAAGAGACGAACUAAGUGUUCAUGAAGCACCAAGUGCAAGAGACGAACUAAGUGUUCAUGAAGCACCAAGUGCAAGAGACGAACUAAGUGUUCAUGAAGCACCAAGUGCAAGAGACGAACUAAGUGUUCAUGAAGCACCAAGUGCAAGAGACGAACUAAGUGUUCAUGAAGCACCAAGUGCAAGAGACGAACUAAGUGUUCAUGAAGCACCAAGUGCAAGAGACGAACUAAGUGUUCAUGAAGCACCAAGUGCAAGAGACGAACUAAGUGUUCAUGAAGCACCAAGUGCAAGAGACGAACUAAGUGUUCAAGAAGCACCAGGUAUAAGAGAGGAGCUAAGAGUUCCUGAAGUUGCAAGAGAGGAGCUAACUGCUCAUGAACCACCAAGUGCAAGAUAUGAACUAAGUGUUCAUGAAACAGCAAGUGCAAGAGAUGAACUAAGUGUUCAAGAAGCACCAGGUCUAAGAGAGGAGCUAAGUGUUCAUGAAGCACCAAGUGGAAAUGGGGAGCUGAAUGUUCAUGAAACAGCAAGGGCUAGAGAGGAGUCAGAUGUUCUUGAAACACAAAGUUCAGAAGAGGAACUAAACCUUCAGGAAAUUCCAGAUGCAAGAGAUGAACUGAAUAUGCAUGGAAUAAUAAGCUCAGGAGAGAAACUGAGCAGUAAUGAAACACCAAAUGCUUGGGAAAAACUGAAUGUUCAUGAGUCACAAAGUGCAACAGUAGAACCAAAUAUUCUUCAAGCAGUGAGUAUAAGCAAGGAGUCAAAAAUUCAUAAAGGACCAAGUGAAGGAGAAGAAUUCCAUAAAGCACAAUGUGCAAUAGGAAAAGUGAGGGUUCAAAGAGGACAGAGAGCAAAGGAAAGGCUCAGCAUUUAUGGAGCACAAAGGGGAAGAGAAAGAGGGAGACAGAGCAUUCCUGACACAUUUUGUGCUGAAAAGGAGCUGAAUGUUGAUGAAUCAGGUGCAAGAGAAGAACCAAAUUUUCUUGAAGCAGCAAGCAUAAGAAAAGAAUUAAAUACUAAUGAUGCCCCAGGUGCAGAUGGAGAAUUCUACAAAACUCCACGUGCAAAAGGAAGAGUGAAGAUUGAUAAAGGACAGAGAGGAAGAGGAAGACCAAGCAUUUAUGGAGCACAAAGAGGCAGAGGGAGACGUAGCAUUCAUGAAACACCUUGUACAAGGGAGGAGCUGAAUGCUCAUGAAUCAAUCAGUGCAGGAGAAGAACAAAAGUUUCUUGAAGUGGCAGACAUAACAGAGGAAUUGAAUAUUAAUAAACCACCUAGUGUAGGAGGAGAAUUCUACAAAGCAUCACUUGCAAGAGGGAGAGUGAGAAUUCCUAGCGUACAGAGAGGAAGAAAAAAAAUGAGCAUUUAUGAACCACAAAGAGGAAGAGGCAGAGGGAGAGGGAGAAACAGCAUUCAUGGAGCUCCUUGUACAAGAGAGGAGUUGAAUGUUUAUGAAUCGCUAAGUGCAAGAGAAGGACAACACUUUUUUGAAGCAACAAGAAUGAGAGAGGACUUGAAGAUUCAUGAAGCACCAAGCGCAGGAGGAGAAUUCUACAAAGCACGAUGUGCAAGAGGGAAAGUGAGAAUUCAUAGAGGACAGAGAGGAAGAGAGAAAGUGAGCAACUUUGCUGAAAGAGGAAGAGGGAGACGGCGCACUCAUGUAGCACCUUGUGUAAGAGAGGAGAUGAAUAUUCAUGAAUCACUGUAUGCAAGAGAAGAAACAGAUUUUCUUGAUAUGCCACAAAUUAGAAAAAAACUCAGUGUUCAUGCACUAGCAAGUGCAAGAGAGGAAAUCAACAUGCACCAAAAGUUAUUUCCAGGAGAGGCACUGAGUUUCCAUGAAGCACCAUCAACAAGAGAAGAACUAAGUGUGCAUGAAGCUGGCAGUGCAAGAGAAGAACUAAAUGAUCUCAAAACACAAAGCUCAAGGUGGAAACAAAAUGUUCUUGAAGCAACAAAUGCAGGAGGGAAGCCAAAUAUUCAUGAAGGACAAAAUGUAAAAGAGGGACAGUUUGAAGUACCAUAUAUAACAGGGAAAAUGAGGAUUCAGAGAGUACCAAGAGGUAGAAAGAGGAUUUAUGAUACAGGAAAAGAAAGAGGGAGAGGAAGGAAGAGACUGAGCAUCCAGGAUGCAUCAUGUGCAGUAGAGGCUCUGAAAGUCAGUGAUGCACCAAAUGCAAGAAAGGAAUUGAAUUCCCAUGAAACACCAGCUGCAAGAAUGGAGCUAAAAAAAUAUGACGUUCCAUGCACUAAGGAGAAAAGGAAUGUUCUUGAAGAGCAAAAUGCUGGAGAGAAGCUGAGCAUUCAUGAAGCACCGAGUACAAGAGAAGAACCAAGUAUUCAUGAGGCUCCAAGUAUAACCAAAGAGUUAAGUGUUUAUGGAGCAAAAAUUAAAGGAGAGAUAUUGAACUUUCAUGAAGGAAAAGCGCCAACUGCUACAAAGGAAUUGCAUGAAGCAUCUCGAGCAAGAGGGAAACUGAGGAUUCAUAAGACAGAGAGGGGAAGAGGGAGAGCCAGAAUUUAUGGAGCACAGAGAGGAAGAAGGAGUCUAAGCAUUCAUGAUGCACCAAAGGUAAGAGAGAACUUGAACAUUCCUGAGAUGCUGAGUGCAGAAGAGAAACUCACACCAGCUAUAACACAGGAGUUGAAAGUUUAUGAGGCACUGAGCACAAGAGAGAAAUUGAACAUUCAUGAAGUACUGAGUACAGAAGAAAAACUCAGUAUUCAUGAAACAAGUACAUUAAACAAACAGAGUAUUCUUGAAACAAAGAACCCAAGACAAGAAUUGAGCAGCCAUGGACCACAAAGUGCAGAAGAGGUGAUGUAUGUUUAUGAAGCACCAUAUAUGAGAAAAAAACUUAGUAUUCAUGAAGAACUAUAUAAAAAUGAACUAAAUGAUCAUCAAACACCAAGUACAGCAAAGGAAAUAAAUGUCGGUGGAGCACCAUAUGAAAUAGAGAAACAUAUCCCAAAAGUACCAGACAAAAAAGAGAAACUAUGUUUUUCUAAAACAGCACGCAUUAGAGGAAAGCACUGCACGGCUAAAUCAACAACUGUACAAGAGAAGUUGAGUUUUCUUGAGAACUCAGCUAUGGCUAAUAAAAUGACUACUGAUAAAGUUCCAAAUAAAAGAAAGAGUUUGAAUAUUCCUGAAACAUUGUGUGCCAGAGGGAAGCUGGCUAUUCCUGAAAUGCUGAGUGCAAGAGAGAAACUAAAUGUCCCACAAAUGUCAACUGCAGAAAAGAAAAUGUAUGAAGUUGAAGUUCUGAAUGCAAAACAGAAAAUGAAUGUUAGUGCAGGACGACGUAUAAGAAGAAAAUCAUCUGUUCCUUUGUCACAAGGUAUUGGUCAAAAGUUGAAUGUCUCUGAAGAACACAUUAUAAUAGGAAAGCCAGAUAUCACUGAAAAAAUAACUGUACAAAAUAAAUUGAAGGGCAAACUGCAUAUUCCUGAGACGGCAAGUGUAAUGGAGAACCUGACUGUUCCAGAAGCACCAGUUUUCAUGGAAAAAAUAAAUUUAACAGAAGAACCAUAUAUGAGGAAAAAAAUGAGCAUUCCAGGAAUGCCAUCUACAAGGGAGAGUCUGAAUGUCCUUGACCCAUCAAGUACAAGCGAAAGACUGAAUUUUCCUGGAGAACCGUUAUUAAUGGGGAGACCAGACACCCCUGAAAUCUCAAGUAUAAUUGAGAAAUGGAAUGUUCCUGAUGAAGCAACCCUCAAAGAAAAGACCAAUCAGUCUGAACUAACAAAUGUAACAGGAAAACUAACUGAUGCUGUAUCAUCAAGGCAAAAAGAUAGUCUGAAUAAUACCAUUAUGCCAGAUUUCAGAGCAAAAACAGUACAAAGAAUGAGAGAAAAAGUGAGCAUUGCACAAUUGCAAAGUGUGAGAAGGAAGGCCAGUCUUCCAAAUAUACCAUGUUCUGGAGAAAAACUGAUUGUCUCAGAAGUAUCUGAUGUAAAAGAAAAAGUAAGCAUGUCUGAAACAGCAAGUGAGAGGUUUCCUGUUUCAAAAACAUCUGAUACAAUGCAACAAUUAAGCACCACCACUAGAAUACUUGGCACAAGGGAAAAAGUUAAUGUGUAUCAGAGACAACUUCUAAGAAAGCAGUUUGCUGCUCCUGAAGCACUAAAUGAAAAGGAGAAAACUGGUGUUUCUGAAGGUCCAUGUUCAGCUAAGGAAUUUGGAUUUUCUGGAAUAGCAAGCAAGGCUGGUAUUUCCCUAAAACUCAGUGCAGAUGAGAAAAUUGAAGUUCUUCAAACAAAAAGUUCUUUUGAAAAACACAAAGUAAAUCCAUCAUCACGUUUAAGGGAUACAUUCAGUUUCUCUGAAUUGGUAAGAGUGAAUGACAAACCAAUUCUUCCUCCAACUAGUACAAGGGAGAGAUUUAGCAUUCGCAGACCAGGAAGACCAAGGGGGAGAGCCAGUGCACCUAAAGGUAUUCUGAACAGAACCUCGUUUAGCUUAACACCAGUCACACAGUGUAAAUUCAGUGAAGAACAAAGUUUCAAAGAAAAAAUUGGGAUUUCUGAAUCAACACACACAACAGAAAUGUUUAGAAUUUCUGAGCCAUCAAAUGCUAGACAACAAAAUACAAUUUCAGAACCACUAGCUAAGAAAGAAAAACCCAUGAUUUCUGAAAUGCCAGGUUCGGCGAUGAAGCUAUGUUCUGCUGACACUUUAAGUACAAGAGAAAAAAAUACUUUUAAAGUAUCACACAUCAAGGAAAGCGCAAAUCAUUUUGAAAUACAGGAUACAAGACAGAGUUUCAGUGUUGCAUGUGUACCAACUGUAAGUGAGGCAUACAAAGCCUCUAAUUCUGCAAGAGCAAAGAAAAAAAUAACCAUUUCUGAUGAGGCAAGAGUAAGAUCAAAAUUCAGUGUUUCUGAUCUGUCAAACAUAAAAGAGACAUUUGACAGUUCAGUGGCUCAGAGUUUGAGAGACCCUUUCCCCUUUCAGAAACCAACCGUACAAUAUAAUUUAAGUACAGAAAAGUUAUUUUUUACAGGAGAUGAUCAUGGGGCUUCUGAACCAGAGAGAUUCAAUCUGUUUACACCAAAGUUGGUACUGCCAAAGAAAAGACCAAGAGAUGAAAUGGAGGACAUCCAUUAUCAACUGAGCAGUGGUGUAACUGAGGAUGAGGAUAAAGAAAGGGAAAAAGUAAAGGAAUUUAAGCAUGAUGACAAACAAUUUGAAACAACACUAGACAGUAGUAUUCAAAGUCCAGUAUUAUCUCCAGUGGUUGCCACUGUAAGCCUCUCUUCCAGUGAAGAUACAGAAAUAAAAGAAGUUGCAAAUGAAGAUUCUGAGUUAGCAAAGUAUAUAAGACGAGGAAAAGGAAAAUAUUUUUGCAAGAUAUGUAAUUGCCGUGCUGUAAAUACUGGUGUUAUUUUGCAUCAUUUAGUAAACAGACAUAAUGUUCCCUGUCCAUAUGUUUGCAAAGAAUGUGGGAAAUCGUUUGUUCUUUUAUCUCUGCUUAAUACACACAUCCCUGUUCAUAGUAAGUUAGGACUUUAUAAGUGUCCUCAUUGUAGUUUUUCAUCUGAUUUUCCAAGGGGUUUGAAAAAACAUAUAAGUCAUUGCUUGUCCCGAGAAAUGGGAGAUACAAAUAAAGAGACAUUGGACAGCUCUGAAACAGUCGAAGAAGUUUAAAUACAGAUUUUUUUCUGAAAUUUCUACAGCAAACAUUGACUGAAUGAAACCUUUACUGCACAGCAUGUGUUUUGUAAAUGGCUUCUGUUUGUAAUACAUGUAGAGAUGUUUGUUCAUAGGUUCAUAGGUUAGUACUAAGCUAACUGCUCUUAUGAGCCAUUUUAAGCCUAGCCAAUUAUCCCUUGUGAGAAUCAAACCCUGCACCUUGUGUUUAUAAGGCAAGCACUAGGCCACCCUCCCAACCCGUGUUUUGUUUUCUGUGUAAAGCUGUGAAGUUCUCUUGUUAUUAGGAGAUAUUUGUAAAUAACUGUGUCUUUUAUAUCAGAACGUAAAGUGCCCUGUCCUUGAUAGAUGUAACUUACAUUUAUAUGAACAUUUAAAAGCAGUCAUGAUCAGUGUUUUGUGACUUUGUAUGUCCACUGUUACAUACAGUAAUAUUCAGAAUCCUUGGCUUGCUUUCUAAGUUUUAAAAUAUUUUUUAAUAAGGCAUAUACAUAAAAGUGGCAAUUUAUUAUGCUUUUAAUCAUGAUUUUGCAUUAAGGAGCUCAUAAAGUUGAUUUUGCAAGCUACGGUUCUUACUGUAAGCAGUGUGACCGUCUUUAACAUGUUUAAAAUCUCAGAUUAUGUAUGCAAAUACUACUUUGGGGUGAUGCAACAGAUGCUUUCUGUGUUGGGUGUUAUGAUUUAUUAUUAUUAUUAUUAUUUUUUUUUUUUUGAAAUGCCCUUUAAUGUUCUAUAAGAAAAUAUUGUUUUCCUCCUAGUAAUAUUUAUGGAGAUGGUAGGAAAAUUUUACAAAGAUGUUAAUUGUUUCAUAUUAUUAUUUUAUUUAUACUUCAAGCAUUGGCCCUUUUCCUGUUUUACUUAGAAUCAUUUUUCAGUACGACUAAUUUUUAUUUGUUUUGCACAUAGAAGUACAAGCAAACAAUACAGUUGACGUGUUAUAUUUCCUAACAUCAGGAUUGCAGCAACAUUUCAAGUUGUAGCUAUAUCCAAAUAUGAGGAUGCAGUCCUUUUUUGUGUUGCAUUUAAAAGAGCUAUGUAUUUUUCUUUAAGGAAAUGAUUUACUUCUGAUGUGCGUAAACCAUGUUCCAGACAGAUAUAUGUAUCGCUUCUGCUGUGAGCAAACUAAAGAAAAUGCACCAAGAAUCAGAUUCCCCAAACUACUUUCACCGAAAACAUCUUGCUGAAAAAUGCUGUGUUGCCCCUCUGCAUUCUCUGAUAUAUAGGGCACACUCCUGAACUUAUAUGUACCAACUCCAAGCUUGCACUUACUCAAAAAAAUGGGAAAUUCCCCCAAAACAAAAACACAUCUUACAACUCGCUGACAGUGGUUUCCUAUGGAGGAACUCCAUGAAACGAGUUGAAGCUCAGACAGUCGAAGCUCAAGAGGUCAAGCUUCGUCCACCAGUGGGAUAGCUGUAUUUGCUAGCAUUCAUUCAAGCUUAAAUCUGAAGUUGCCAUUGAGUAAUCCGCCUGAGACUGGUCUUUUUUUUUUUUUUUUUUUGACAAAUCUGCAUGUAAAUGACUUUUCAGAGAGUCAAGCAAAAGUUUCAGAAAAACAGUGCCUGUUUGGCUGAUUCUGUGCAACUAGAUCUCCAAGGGGAUUUGAAAUGAAAAUUCCAAAGAUCUCUGUAAGCAAAAGAAAUGAGAACAAUUUUGAUUCAGCAAUACAUGCUUACAUUCCUUGCCUUUUCAUUGUUUCGGUUGUAUAUUUCUGUCUUCUGCUUCUUUAGAACUAAUUGAUUUUUUUCUACCUUCAACUUUUUUCUUCGUAUUUGGAAAUAGUUCUUAAAUGUCUGGAAUCUUUUUGUCUGAAAGUAGGUAAAUGCUUUCAGGCCAGCUAGUAUUGGCCUGUAACAUGUUGAUGCUACUGUGUGCUGUAACUCCACAUUCUUGUGAUUCAUACGGAUUUGUGUUUUGCUGUUUGAUGAUGUCAGUAACUUACAGUUUGCUCUGUCAUUCAGAAGGACUGAAUGCUGCUAUAGCUCUGUAUUCCUAAGGUGCUGUAUGAUUGCAAAGUAAUGACCCUGUCAUGCAGAAGUUGUAUUUUUCCAUAAUUUUUGCAGGUUUUAAAAUAAGGAAUACAAAGCAGAAUUGAAAUGCUGUUAAUAACCCUAAAUAUUUUUCUGCUGUGCAAUAAUGAACGUCAUACAUUUCAAAUGUAAAUACUGUGCUCUGGUUGUAUUUAAACUGCAUUUCAUUUUAUGUUGAAGUGCAUGUACAUAUUCCUGUUAAGACUAAACAUAUUCAUGUUAAGCUUUUGUCAUUGGCAAACUUUUUAAGAUACAUCAUCAUGAGUAUUACUAAAUAUAACUGCUAUAAGA